AUGCAAGAUCAAGAAAUGAUCGAUAGUGAAGAAGUACAUCUUACAGGUUGUGGAGCUAGUUGGGCAUGUGAUCCAAGAAGACGUCCACAUCGUUAUAUUGUAUUAUUUUUCAUAUGUUUCCUCUGUUUUGGAAGUUAUUUUUGUUAUGAUAAUCCUGCUGCACUACAAGAUAUCUUUAUCAAUUCAUUGGAUAUGACAAAAGUUGAAUUUAUGAAUUUAUAUGCAUUUUAUUCAUGGCCAAAUGUUGUACUCAGUUUUGUUGGUGGUUUUCUUAUUGAUCGUGUAUUUGGUAUUCCAUGGGGUAGUAUUAUUUUCUCCAUAUUUGUAUUAAUUGGACAAAUUCUAUUCGGUAUAGGAGCUUAUUUUAAAAAUAUCCCUGCAAUGUAUUUUUCACGAUUAUUAUUUGGUAUUGGUGGUGAAUCAUUGGCUGUAGCACAGAAUACUUAUGCUACAGAAUGGUUUCCAUCGAAUGAAUUAAAUUUAGUAUUCGGCCUGCAAUUAAGUAUGUCACGUAUUGGAUCCACUGUGAAUAUGGUAACGAUGCAACCAUUGAAUCAAGCUAUUGGUCAACAUUUUAAUUUACAUACAAAUCAACAAUUAGGUGCAUCGCUACUGAUUGCUUCUGUGACAUGUUUAUUCUCAACGUGUUGUGCUGUGAUUAUGUUGUUUUUUACAAAAAGAGCUAAACGUAUUCUAUCAACUACUAAAAAAUCUCAUUCUCGACAUACUCACCUAACAGAAUCCGAUUUAACUAAUCAUGAACAAGAUCAACAACAUUUACUUACAGAGAAAACAGAAGAUCAAAGUAAAAAAAUAUCCUUCAUGGAUAUUAUUCAUUUCCCGGGCGCUAUUUGGCUUAUUUGUGUUAUUUGUGUAGCAUAUUACGUAACAGUAUUUCCAUUUGUUAGUUUAGGAUUAGUAUUUUUUCAAAGAAAAUUUGGUCUAUCUAUUCAAGAUGCUGGUGUUGUCAAUAGUAUAAUCUAUAUUAUAUCGGCUGUAGCAAGUCCUGUAUUCGGUGCAGCUAUCGAUUUCGUUGGUUAUAAUUUAUAUUGGUUAUUUACUGGAAUCUCUGUGACAUUAGGUUGUCAUUUAUGUUUUGCUUUUACAAAUGGUCAAAUUCCUCCAUUAGUUAUUAUGAUUAUCAUGGGUUUAUCUUAUUCUAUAUUGGCUAGUAGUUUAUGGCCAAUGGUUGCUUAUGUUUUGCCGUUGCAUCAAAGAGGUACAGCGUAUGGUUUAAUUCAAUCAAUACAAAAUUUAGGUCUUGGAUUAAUUUCUAUAUUUGCUGGUUAUUUAGUUGAUACAAAAGGUUAUUUAUUCCUUGAAGUAUUUUUCAUCUUCUGUCUUAGCAUUGCUAUCACUGCUACAUUUGGUCUACUUAUAUGGGAUCAUCAUUUCGGUACAGGAUCAUUGAAUGAAUCCGGUGUAAGUAGACGACGUUCAGGAAGUGUCCAAAUUAUUGAUGGUGAUAAUGACGAUGAUGCUAAUAAUCGCAACGUCAAUUCAAAAGUUUUAUCCGUUGUUUUAAAUAAUAGCUUUUCAGAAUUAUCAAUGGAUAACAAAAAUUUGGAAGAAAUACCUCACGAUCCUUUACUUGCCCCUGGUAAACGUAAAGGUGCCAAAAAGACAAGAACUGUCAAAGAUCUUUUUGAUGAUGUUGGACCAGAAGCAUCUUUCAAGGAUAAACGUGGGCGCCCUUGGUUCAAAAAUCCACGAGCAUAUGUGAAACAGCUUCUAGCAUCUAAAAUUCAGAAGGAUGGUGUAGAUAAAGAACCAGACUCUAGUAGCGAUGAAGGUUCCCAACUCGAUGUCUCCGAAACUGAAUCAAGCACUUCCCCUAGUGAUGACGAAGAAAUUAAUGUUUUCGAGGAUAUUGAAGACCUACAAGGUGCAGAUUGGUAUGAAUUAACAAAAGAUUCAAUUCCUGCUACUCAAACAAGUCAUAGAUUAGCUUUACUUCAUUUCGAUUGGGAUAAUUCAAAACCAGAAACAAUUUAUAUGGUUUUAGAAUCAUUUUUACCAGCUAGAGGUCAUAUUGAAAAAGUUACAAUUUAUCCUUCUGAGUUUGGUAUUAAACGUAUGGCAGAUGAAGCUAUUCAUGGACCACUUGAAUUACGUCCAACUGAAUCAGAUACAGAAUCUAAUGAAAGAAACAAUCCAACUGUAGAGAAUCCGACUAUGUCUUCGAUAGGGGAUAUUGAUGAAAAAUCUGGUUGGCGUAAUGCAUCCUCGAAACUACGACGUCGUAUACGUGAAUACCAGUUGGCACGAUUGAAAUAUUUCUAUGCUAUUAUUGAAUUUGAUAGUGUUGAAACAGCGGAAGCAAUUUAUACAGCAUGUGAUGGAUUGGAAUAUGAAAGUUCCGGUUCUCGAUUAGAUUUACGUUUUGUUGAUAAUGAUCAACAAUUUGAAGUUCCUCCAGAAUAUGCUCAUCUGGUUAGUGAAUGUCGUGAAAUCAAUAAAACCAAAUAUGCUCCAGUUCGUUUUGAAACCAGUGCCUUACAUUCAACACGAAUAGGCAUAACAUGGGAUAAAACACCGGCUGAUCGAACCAAUUGGCUACGUGAUCAAUUCCGUCCAGAUAUUGAUCCUAAAACUACUUUAACCGAGAAUCGAGAUGAACUUUCCAAAUAUCUUGCUUUAUCUUCAAGUGAAGCUAGUACAUUAGCUAGUUCAGAUCCGGAAUCAGAACCACCUGCUCCUACAGUUCCACGAAUUCGUCGUCAUCGACCGAAAAAACUUCCACCAGCUGAAAUACGUCUAGCACUUUUAGGAUUAACUUCUUCCACUGAUAAAGUUGGCAAUGGUGACUUAUUGAAUCAAGACGAAAACGAUGAAGAGGAGGAGGAAGAAGAAGAAGUCCUUGAUCUAGCUUCCCACAGUCCUAAUGAUAUUUCGGAUGAAAAUGAAGAUUAUGACUUAAGACCGGUGGAAAGAAAGAAAAACUCACAAACAUCACAGACAUCUGUAUCACGUAGAAAAGUUCGUCGUAAAGUAUUACCUGAAGCACGAGAUUCUGAUGAGGAUGUCGACGAUGAUGAUGAAGAAGAAUUGGGAGAAAGUAACGGUCCUGUUGAAUUCAACAAUGAAAACGUUGAUAAACCACUACAGAAAAAUGACAAGAAACGAAAGAAGAAAUUAAAACAACGUACAAAAAUUUUGGAAAAGAAACGUAAAGUCCAAGCACGACUGGAACGUGAAUCGAAACUGUGGUUUGGAGACAACAACAACGACAAUUCUGAUGCGUUGUGUGAUAUUGAUGAUCGUUUUGAUGAUUUCCUGCGUAAUCCUGCAUUCGAAAUUAGUCAAACACAUCCAGAUUAUAAAGAAGCAGGGGAUUUCUUGCGUUAUAUGAAAAUGCGUCAAUCGUCAAAAAUUGUUUAA